AAUGAAUGCCCACUAAUAAGGCACUAUCAGACAUUCUCACACUACCUUCUUCAGUCAAAAAAGACAUUCUCACACUACUCCCUCCACACUCUCCGCUCCUAAAAAAAAAAAAAAAACUGCCAAAAUGGCCGACGCUGCUAUCCGAUUCGGAAUCAUAGGCUGCGCCGAGAUAGCUCGCAAGGUGUCGCGUGCAAUCACACUCGCGCCGAACGCGAAACUGGCCGCCGUAGGCAGUCGGUCCUACGAGAAGGCCGCUCGAUUCGCUGCCGAAAACAACUUCCCUUCCGAUGCGAAGAUCUACGGGUCCUACGAGGCUGUGCUCGACGACCCAAACGUGGACGCCGUGUAUGUCCCCUUGCCGACGAGCCUUCACGUCCGGUGGGCCGUGCUCGCCGCCCAGAAGAAGAAGCAUGUGCUGCUGGAGAAGCCUGUGGCUCUCAACGCCGUCGAGUUCGAUGCCAUCGUCGAGGCUUGUGAAUCCAAUGGGGUGCAGUUCAUGGACGGGACCAUGUGGAUGCAUAACCCUCGGACUGCCAAGAUGAAAGAAUUCCUCUCUGAUAACCAGCGUUUCGGUCUGCCCAAAUCGAUACAAACCAUCUUUACAUUUGCUGCUGAUCCCGAUUUUCUUAAGAAUGACAUUCGUGUCAAGCCAGAUCUUGAUGCACAUGGUGCUCUUGGAGAUGCUGGGUGGUAUUGCAUAAGGUCAAUCCUGUGGGUUGCUGACUAUGAGUUGCCUAAAACAGUAAUAGCCUUGCAUGGAGCAGUAUUAAAUGAUGCAGGAGUGAUUUUAUCUUGUGGUGCUUCUCUACACUGGGAUGAUGGGAAAGUAGCCACCUUUCACUGCUCUUUCUUGUCACAUUUGACCAUGGAUAUAACUGCUAUUGGGACGAAGGGAACUUUACAUCUUCAUGAUUUUGUCGUUCCUUUUCAAGAAAAGGAGGCUUAUUUUUCUGCGGGUUCUGAGUGCUGGUUCAAUGAACUUGUGUCAGGAUGGGAACCGCCGCCAAGUAAGCAAAUUGUCACCACAGAUCUUCCUCAGGAGGCUCUCAUGGUGAAGGAAUUUUCUAGUUUGGUAGAAACUAUCAAAGUGAAGGGCUCGAAACCUGAGAAGAAGUGGCCAACCAUCAGUAGGAAAACGCAGCUAGUAUUAGAUGCAGUCAAGGCAUCAAUUGAAAAAGGCUUUGAGCCUGUAGAGCUCGGGAAUUAAUUGAAAUGUCUUGAUACUGUGGUUUCUCAUUGAACUGUAUUGCUGUUUAUUGCAUGUCAAAUAAGGCAUUGCCAUUCUGGUAUCGACCUGACACAUGCAUAUUUAUAUUUAUAUAUUCUGAUGUUUGCUUGUU